UGCCACCAGUGCUGAUACCGGCUCAAGAGCUCGAUUGUAUCUAUGAUGAGAAGAAGACCAAACCUGGAAUGCGCACAGGUGCGAUUGAACACCUCACUCAGAGGGUAGCUACACUUGAGAACAUGUUUCUUGGACAGGGCGUCUUAUGGCAACAGGUCUGGCGAUGCUUAGACACAAUAAAUCAGCACAACCCGGACGCGUCUCAAGCAGGAGAGCUCAAUGGGUCACUGCAAGAAUACACUUCUCAGUUUAAACAAGCACUAUCAGGUCUGCAGCCAGAUAACUUGACAGAGUCAUUAAGAAAGACUAGUAGGUCGUCUGCUAAACGGCAGCGGCUGGAAGGAGAUUCGCUACCUGAAUCACACAGCAAACUACCUUGGAUGCGAGAUGGGCAUCUUUGUAUCCCCGAUGAUCUUAUCGAUUCUCUGGUGGAGAUAUAUUUCGCCCGCAUUCAUCCAUGGAUCCCAAUAUUGCACACCCGACGUUUCCAGGAGAAUAUGAAGAUACCCCGGGAACGAGAGAAAAUGAAGUCCAUAUUCCAUGCUAUCGCUUCACUGUGUACACGCUUCUCUGAUGAUCAGAGACUUGCAAACCAUGAGGUACGGUCCAAGUUGGUGCAGGAAUGUCGUCAAUCGGUCAUUCUCGACAGCAUGGAGUCUUUUUCAGUUGAGAGUCUUCAAGCCCUCAUCAUUUGCGCAUUUGACACAAUUGGUCGUGGCCGAGGCCCUUCAGCAUGGUCGAUUGUUGGAAGUAUGGCCCGCACUGUGGAGCAACUCCAGCUGAACAUUGAAAACGAGGACAGUGAUAACUUGAACGGAUCAAAAGUCCUUAUAGCCCGAAUGGCCUUUCUACCACAUUGUCGGGACUGGGUUGAGGAGGAAGAAAGGCGGCGAGUAUUCUGGAAUGUAUUCCUCAUGGAUCGAUUCUGUAGCAUCGCAACUGGCUGGAAUUUGUCCCUCAAAGGCACGGAGGUCAAAAGGAGGCUACCUUGCGAGGGUACCCUAUGGAGGAUCGGCGAACCACUGACUUCCCCGACCCCUUACUUUGGUAUCUCAGAGACGACUAACCCUACCGAGAAGAGCCUGUUGCAAGUGUGUCCUGGUGCAGACGAUCCGUCGUCACUCGGAGGUCUGUCAUAUUGCAUCGAGGCUACCGAAAGUUUGAGCCUGGUUACAUCUUUCUUUCUUCGGCAGGUCGUCGAUGUUAAUGACUUACAAAGUAUUCGGGUGUGGUUACUGCGGUUCAAACAACUCGACCUUCGCCUAGUACAAUGGAAAGUCUUCUUACCUGAAAGGUGGAGGGAAGCAUGCGCUCGGAAUAGUGACGGCAACAUGGACCCAAAUUUGACACUAGCCCAUCUUACGCACAAUACUGCCGUGGUGUUGCUCCAUCAAGGGAUUGCCUAUCCCUCUACCGAUUGGCAGUCUGCUCCAGUCACACUACCUUCUGUAUCCAGCGCAGAUACUUGUGUGACCGCUGCGCGAGAAGUUGCCAUUAUAGCCGACAAUUUUCUACAAGACGCAGACUUCCUCACAAACCCUCAAUUUGCGUUCUGCCUUUUUAUCUGUGGAAGAAUGUUUCUAGCUCACGCAGCGUAUUACGGCGUCGAUCUGUCUCGCGAGAUUGAAUUGAUUCUGCGCAGUCUCUGGGAAGUCUCACGGAGAUGGAAUGGCCCUUACGCAGAUGAAGCUGCCUCAGGCUCUGGAAACAACUUGGCAUCCAAGUUUGCGUCGCGCUUGAUUGAAGCAAAGCAGCUCAGUCCGAUCACCGUAGAUUUAAGACAAGCUGCAUACUCCGACAACCAAGUACAAGGAGACAGUGUAAAGACAGCAUCAUCGGCGUCUACUGCGAAUCCAGCGGCUCAUGCGAACAGAUACGGUAGCGAUAUCACCACACAUCCAUUCACGAUACCCGAUGGAGGCUCGCAAUUCGUGAACAAUUGGCAGAACUCGUCAGGAUUAUACCACGUGACAGCAGCAGCAGAAGCAGCGCAAGAAGCAUCACCAGACAGCAUUUCACUUGCAUUUCCUCCACUUCCGAUGGCAUUCCAAGCACCUAGUGCGCCACCUACUGCUAUGCAUUCUCCCAAUUCUGGCGCCAUCAAUCUCGCUCCUGGCCCAGGGACAAUUCAAUUCGCCCAAGGGGUGGCGGGUUUGGAAGACCUCAAUUCUUUCCUCGAUUACACAUUCCUUCCAGAUCAGAGGGUCAGCAUGUUUUCGCAUCCGAAUGGACCUGUUUCCUCAGAGAACAGUACUCGAAAGGGCAGAUAAUAGCAUUCUUUGUCGUCCUCAAUACUAAAAUACUCAAGUUAAGGAGUUUUGUGAUGUACCAGGAUCUAAAAACAAACCGUCU